AUGGAUACCCCUAUGCUUUUGGUUACUAAUGUUAAUGAUGCUAUACAGAAUGAUGACUUGCGAAUGGACAGCUUGACGAAUGAAAACGCAUGGUUUUUAAACAAUAUAUCGUAUAUAUUUGAAGAUGAUGAGCCAAUCCAGCAGGAAGAUCAUUCGAAUUACGAGAAUUUGUUUAUUAUAGAUAGUGAUUUGAACGGCAAGAUCAGCGGAGUUGAACUUUUGAGUGAGAAGUGGCAGCUUUUGUCGUACGACCAGAAUAAACCGUACAAUUGCAUUUCGCUUCGUGUCAUGGACGAGCUAAGGGCAGAUUUGAGCCCGCAGGACGGGGAUGUCAAGGACUUGGACUCGUUGGCUAGGCGAUAUCAUGACCGGAACGUUCAGAUACGGAAUCUCUUAGAUUCCUUGAUACAGGAGGAUUAA